CACACAAACAAACAAAAAAACUAAUCAAAAUUCUAUAUUAAGUGUUAAAGAUUAGAUAUAGCAGGUCAGGUUUUAGGUCGUUGCAACAGCGGCGACCAAUUUGGACAGCUCAAAUUUGGCUUUGUUGUCUCAACCUUCUCCUCAUUAUAUAUAUAUCUUCAUCUUUCUCAUAAUCCCCUGCUUCUUAACGUUAAACACAGUACAGAGGCAGAGGAGCAACAAACAAAAUGUCUGGCUCCAUUUUGGAAAAGGCCACCUCUGCUCUCGGUGAAGUCGCCAAAACCGAUGUCUUAAAGGAUGCAGUGGACAAUGUUGUCUCAAGAGGCAUAGAUGGAGCCAAAUCUCUGCUUCACAAUUUGGAGGAGAAUAAAGGUCAAGUCUCCUCCAAGAUCGUCGGAGCUGUUUCACAGUUUGCCGGUGGUAGCGCCGACUCCUCAGCCACCACAACCGCAGACCGUGACUUACCCAUGUCCACAGACAAUCAGCCACUCCUAGGGGCCGGUGAGACGGCAACGCCAUGGUGGAAGAGCUGUUGUGAAAUACUAGAACUUCUCAAGGCAUCCUCAUCAUCUAACUAGAUGAAGAUCAGCCUUCCAUGUGAAGUAAACAGAGAAGAUAUCCCACCAAGUUUUUUAAGUUAUGUUUUAUAUAUCCUUUCUUUCAAUUCCUCUGGCUUAACCCUCUGGUUAUUUUUUCAAUCUCUUUUGAUUGUUGCUGAGAAUAUUUGUAUAGAAAGAUGUAAGCAAACACAUAAUAUAAAGAAAAGACUCCUAAGUUGUGUGAAA